ACUGAACGGCGUAUAAAUCCGCUAUUUGAGUUUUCAAGUGCGUCAUUUCAGAUAUCAUGGCGGCUUCGCUUGCGAAGAAAUGCGCGUCACCGGCAAUUCUCAAAAGUCUUUCAGCUCCUCAGCUGAGGAUGCAAUGUGGGUAUCACAAAAAGGUUGUGGACCACUACGAGAACCCAAGAAAUGUGGGGUCUUUGGAUAAAAAUGCCAAGAAUGUGGGCACAGGGUUGGUUGGUGCCCCUGCUUGUGGAGAUGUGAUGAAACUGCAGAUCGAGGUGGAUGAGGCCGGGAAGAUUGUGGAUGCCAAGUUCAAAACCUUCGGCUGUGGCUCUGCUAUUGCUUCCAGUUCUUUAGCCACCGAGUGGGUGAAAGGAAAAUCUAUUGAUGAAGCCCUCAAGAUUAAAAACACUGAGAUUGCUAAGGAGCUUAGCCUCCCACCAGUCAAACUGCACUGCUCAAUGCUGGCUGAGGAUGCCAUUAAAGCAGCUUUGGCAGACUACCGUCUGAAACAGGAAGUAGAACAGGGUGAGAAGACUGUCAUGGCCCGCAACUAGGAGGCGCACUUGAUCCUCUAAAUCGGUGGUUCUCAAUUGGUGCUUCACGACCAAAAAGGGUUUCAGGUCUGUUCUGUUUGGAUCGUAGGGAACAGGGAAAUAUCUACUCUGAAUGGCAAUAUUAUAAUCCAGCUAACCAUGCAGUUUGAUAAACAGGCUUACUGUGUUGAAAGAAAAAAAAUGCAUUUAUUUUCUCCCAUUGUGUCUGUUUUUUUCUUUAUAUAUUGUUUACUCUGCACAGAUCAUGCUAAUAAAUUGCAGCAUUCGGGGUAAGAUCACCGUUUGAAAUCCAAUGCAAAAUCUGAGUCUUGAAGCAAAACCAGUUGAGAAUCAAUGCUCUUCAUCCUCCCUUUGAGUUUAGACCAAAGCUCUCCAACUCUUGCACUGUAGCCAGUCUUUUAAACGCACAAUGUAAAAGUACUGACCAACACUGUUACAGUCUAAGCCAUAUGUGUUUAGAUAUGUUGAUGCAAUGAAAAAGCUAGCUGAACACGCACACAAACUAUCUUAUUCUAUUAUUUUAGUUUGACAGAACGACAAUGUGAUUAUGCUGAACGGAUUUUAUUUGAUGGCCUUUGAAACAUCAGUACUUUCAAUAAAGCUUGUGUAAACCUCAA